ACUGCCACCGCACGUGACCGCGGCGCCCCGGCCGCGCCCGCUCUUUCCGCGCGCGCGCAGAUAUCCCAGAACCCAUGGCGUCCGAGCGGCUCUCGAGCCGGCCUGCGUGCCUCCUGGUGGCCAGCGGCGCGGCUGAAGGUGUCUCCGCCCAGUCUUUCCUGCACUGCUUCUCGCUAGCCAGCGCUGCCUUCAACCUGCAGGUGGCCACCCCGGGGGGGAAGACCUUGGACUUCGUGGAUGUGAAUGAGAGCAAUGCCCGCUGGGUGCAGGACUUCCGCCUCAAGGCCUAUGCCAGCCCCGCCAAGCUGGAGUCCAUUGAUGGUGCCCGCUACCAUGCCCUCCUGAUCCCCAGCUGUCCCGGGGCCCUGGCCGACCUAGCCAGCAGUGGGUCGCUGGCCCGCAUUCUUCAACACUUCUGCUCCGAGAGUAAACCCAUCUGUGCCAUUGGCCAUGGUGUUGCCGCCCUCUGCAGUGCCACCGCGGAGGACAGGUCCUGGGUGUUUCAAGGCUACAGUGUCACUGGCCCCUCUGUGUACGAGCUCGUCCGGGUACCUGGCUUCGCCCGCCUGCCCCUCAUCGUGGAGGACUUUGUCAAGGAAGCAGGAGCCAGCUUCAGCGCCAGCCAGCCCGAUGCUGUACAUGUGGUGCUGGACCGUCACCUGGUCACAGGCCAGAACGCCAGCUCGAGUGUCCCGGCUGUGCAGAAUCUGCUGUUUCUUUGCGGCAGCCGGAAGUGAAGCAGCUCCCCGCUGAGCCUACCGAACAGCCAGUGGACGCCACCAGCCCCAGACUCUAAGUGUCCCCAGAAACAACCAGAAUCAACCUCUA